ACCAUAUAUAUAUAUAUAUAUGCCCGCCAUCUUGUAGGUCAUUUAUUUCGUACGUGUGGUUGUGGUAAUUUUCUAAGAAGUGUUGUCGCAAGAGACUACUGUUAUCGAUGCCGAACGUCUGUGUUGUGUCUGGCUGUCACAGCCGAUCUACCCAUAAAGAUGUGAAACGUUCCUACCAUGCGAUACCUGCUGUCACCUCAACGCAAGGGGAGAAAACCGAAAAACUGUCGACAGAGCGAAGGCGACUUUGGAUAGCGAGAAUCGCGCGAAAGGGCUGGACACCAUCUAGAUUUUCAAAAGUCUGCAGUGAUCACUUCGUUGCAGGAAAGCCAGCAAAUCUGUAUGCUACAAGUGACCCUGACUGGGCACCAUCGCUGAAACUCGGGCAACCUACACUGAAGAAACCAGACAACUGUUCUCCUUUUUCACUAGAAAGGGCUCGCAUAAUGGAAAGAAAAACAUUUGUUAAGCUUGACUUGAAUGAAGAUAAACAAUAUUACCUGCUGACCACGCUGGUGGAUGAAGAUCAAUAUUACUGCAUAUUCAAAUUGACUCUCAGUGAUGGACUCAAAGUUUGGAUGGGACAAGUGACUCAGAUCAACUUUGGGGACUCAACUCAGAAAAGUAAGAAAUACCUUCAGGAGUAUCAGCGGCAGACUGUAGAAGCAUUCACAGGCGAGACAUUUAAGGAUAAUGAGUAUCGCUUCACACUCAAACACCAACCCAAUGCUGUGGAGUUCUCCUGGAAAAGAAAUGUGUCAUCAAAGGAAAUUGCAUUCCUGCUAGGUACAACAACUCUGAAACUGUGUUCUGACGAGAAGAGCCAAGACAUGAUAACACAAAUAUUCCAGUUCUGUAUCAACCAGACUACUGAUUUUAAAGACCAGAUUAGUACAUUGAAUAUCGACAACAAAAACCUUGCACAGGAACGUGUGAAUGCUCUCAAGAGACUGGAGAAAUGUGUUGUGGCUAAAGAAGAGCUUGAAAAGGACUUGUACUCAAAGUUUGCUGCAGUACUGAAUGCUAAAAAAGAAAAGAUUCAGAGGCUGAAAGAUCAAAUGGAAACUGGAGCCCCUACUCCUGUUGUUUCAGACAGUGAAGAGGAGCCCACAGCCAGUACCUCACGAACAACUGUCCCCAGUGCUAAAGCUGCCCGCAAGAGAAAAGCCUCAGACGAAAGUGAGAGCAAUACGUCCGAUGAAGAUAUGACGACCUCCCAGCCCUGUCGACUAAGGAUAAAGGGUACAAAACCGAGUAAAGCAGAUGAGGAUGAUGGAUUAGUACUUGAGGACAGCAAAGAUAGUGUCAGCAGGUCAGAGGUCAUCAGAAGACCUAGACGACCUCCAGGAGGGAAUAAAAAACAGACGCCUUCUAAGCCAGUCCUACCAAGAGUGCCAUCAGAUAGCUCUAGCAGUUCCGGUGGCAAUAGACGGACCAGCGUGAGAAAGUCCAAUUCUGGCCGGUCCAACCGAUCGUCAGAUAAUGUUGAUAUAGACGAUUUACUGAAUGAUAUGUAGUAAGGAAAGUAGAUGUAAUGUUAUUUACAUGGCAAUGCAAUGUUACUGACGCGGAAGACUGAGGCGUUGGUGACAAUAAAAGCCAUGUUCUCAUAAAAAAUACCUAUUAUUACGAAGAAAUGAAACAGAAUUAACCACAGAGGGAUCAACAGAAGUCUGUUAUUCAAUAUGCUUUAGGAUUCAGGAUGCAUGGCUUUGAAAUUACAUGCGAAUGGAUGAGAUAUUUUACCAUGUUUGUAAAUUUGAUAUUUUUAUAAUUUAAUAUUGAACAAAAUUAAAUGAAACGUUUUGAAAAGUAGAAUGUAUGUUUAGGAUGUGUUUAAUCAUUUUGUAGAGUUUUGAGAGAAGAAGUAGUGAAAGCGUUUCAUUUUAAGGUUGUGUGCCAUUUAUCAUUUCAUUUAAACUGUUACAGAACAUUUGAUACCUACGGUAAUUGCAAGUAUACAAUUGUUUCUGGACACUGGGCAUGGAGGUACAGUGUAGCUGAUUUAUCGUAGAUUCAUUGUAGUACUUAGAUGUAUAGUAUCAUGAUGGAAUUUGUUUAUACGAAAUGUAUGAUAAAGCAGUUAAAAUGAAUGAAAUGUUUUAUUGUCUUGCAUAACUUCAUAUGUUGAGGUAAAUAAUGAAUGGUGCCAUUGGCAUUGCGUGAAAUAAACUUCUGAAAUCCAUUACAUGGAAUCGUGUUAUGUUUACAAUUAUUAGUCUUAUUUUCAUGCAAACAUUAACUAAGCGUAUAUUGAUUUCUUCAGUUGGUCCAUGUUUCUGUAGAAAUACAUAAUAAUACUACUUCCUUUAAAUGAGACUCGGUAGUAAAAUAGUAGAAAUAUAGUUGACAGGAAAGAAAGCAUGGUACAUGAAGUUUUAUUUUUUUUCUUCCUUUUUUCUUUUUCAUCAAGAAAUUGUGUUUGCCCGUACGUUAGUAUUUGUGUUAAGCUAGGAGGGGCAUUGUGGUUUUGAAAACUU